CACCAAUGUACAUAUAUAUUAUAACAAAUACUAUGUACUACAAGCUCAGUUCCAAAGCAGAGGACAAGUACGAAGAGCCACUUCUGUUUCUUUCAAAAUUAAGCAAGCAUGAAGCAAAAAAUGGUUAUAAAGUUGCAAAUGGACUGCGAUAAAUGCAGAAACAAAGCUCUCAAGACUGCUGCUGAGGUCCAAGGUGUAACUUCAGUAUCAUUGGAAGGAAAUGACAAGGAUAGUAUAUGUGUGAUCGGUGAUGAUGUGGACACAAUUUGUUUAGCAAACCAGCUAAAGAAAAAGUUCAAUAGUGUCACCAUACUUAGUGUGGAAGAGGUGAAAAAGAAAUCAGAUGCAGACAAGAAAAAGGAAGAAGAAAAGAAAAAAGAGGAAGAAAAGAAAAAGAUGAUAGAAGCAUGUCGAAGUGUUUUGCAGGGUACUUGCAUCAAGUGUCAUGACAUGACUUGUAAUGGAAAAUGUGAUAAAUGUCCAAAAUGUGAAAGUCUAAAGUGUGAUGGAAAACAUUGUGUGACAAUUUGCUUUAAAUGUGAAGAUUCAAAGUGUGAUGGUAAGUGUAAGGCUAAUUGUUGCAAUUGUGACAACAAGAAGUGUGAUGGUUGUACACUUCCUGCACCUCCUAAGAAGCCUCCUACACCUCCUGAGAAGCCUCCUACACCACCGAUCCAACAAUGUCCUCAAUGGUGCACAUGCCCUAAAUGUUAUGCUCCAUAUCGACCGUAUCCACCUUGUUAUAACCCUUAUCCACCUUAUUGUAAGGUUGUUUAUGAACAAAACCCCGAGACUUGCUCCAUCAUGUGAUAUCAUACCUACAGAUGAGGAUUCCAUCCACCCGCUAUUGAUUUCAACAUCAGAACUUAUAGAUCUAUAAAGAUAAAUUUUACCUUUUAGAUUCAACAAUUUGCACCGUCGCUCCAUGAUGUAGCGGGGUAUAAGUGAUCCUUAUACCAUUUCCACGAGUAGGGACUAUGCCUUAAGUAUUCAUUAAUCUUUGCAUGAGAAAAAACAAGUAAAUUAGUGACAAAUUUUGAUUGGAAAAAAUGUGAAAAAUUCAUCUAUCUGAUUCUGUCCUUAAAUUUAAUGACUAAUGAAUUAGCGAUGAAUUUUUUUUUCUAUCACUAAUUUUGGUUACUAAUUUAAUUGAUCUCAAUUUUAAGCCCCAAGUUAACAAUUAAGAAUGGGGUUUUAUUUGGUUUGUUUGUAUUCAUUAUUAUCAUGUAAUGUAAUUCUUCUAAACUUGCUUUAUUUUUCCC